AUGACUCCAAUUACGUAAAAGCUUGAUGUGUUGUCGUCUGUUGUUGUUUUUUUUUUGUUUUUGUUUUUCUCUCUACAUUUCCCUUUUGCACGUGAACAUUUCAGUCAGCGAUGAUGAAGAUGUCUACGUUGAGGGAUCGGGAGGUCUGGAAUACAAACCUUUCUACCCCAAUCAGCUGAAGGGCUUCCGCGGCCCCCCCGGACCCCCAGGGCUGCCGGGACCCCAGGGCAUCGAGGGCAUCCAGGGCCUGAUGGGACCCCCGGGGGACAUAGGACCCCCGGGGCGGCCGGGACUCGACGGACUACCGGGGACGAGGGGACCCCAGGGCGAGAGAGGAUCCCCCGGCCCCAAGGGAGAGCGAGGCGCUUCAGGUCCUGCAGGAGAGAAGGGAGACCGAGGCGCCCCUGGUCUGCCUGGGCCUUCGGGUCCUGUGACAACGCUCAUCCAGCCUGACGGGACCAACGUUACUGUAGUGAAGGGUGAGAAGGGCGAUCGUGGUAGGCGGGGCAAGCGAGGUCGACCUGGUCCCCAAGGGCCUCCAGGGGCUGUAGGGGACCUGGGUCUUCCUGGAUGGCCGGGCGCCGCCGGACGACCUGGCCCUCCUGGCCCGCCCGGACUGCCAGGCCUCGGACAGAAGGGCGAGCGAGGUCAGGUGGGGCCGCCCGGCCCCCCUGGCCCCCCCGGCCCCCCCUCAGGAGGACUCCUCAACAGCAUCUUGGGCACCAGCAGCAGCGACGUCGCCGAGACCUCCUCGAGAGGAAGCGGCGGCCUCUCGGGCCCCUCCGGCCCCCCAGGUCCCCCCGGGCCCCCAGGACCCCCAGGGCCCCCAGCCAGGAGCACGGGGGAGGCCGACGGCGGCCAGAUGUACGUACCGGUGCCCGGCCCCCCCGGCCCGCCCGGACCCCCGGGACCACCGGGGCUGCCUGGCUACACCGUCGAGGGCCCAGAGGGUCCCCGUGGCCCGCCUGGCCCUCCUGGACACACCGUGCCUGGUCCGCCCGGAGCGUCAGGGCCAAGAGGUCCCCCGGGAUAUGGCCAGAGAGGAGAAAGCUUGGGAGGCAUCGAAGGCCUGCGCAGGAUCACAGGAAACCUUGGUAACAGAGGACCCCCCGGCCCCCCCGGUCCCCCAGGCCCCCCAGCCAGCGGGGAGCCGUCGCCCCCCUCGUCCAUCGUGCCCGGCGCCGUCACCUUCCCGGACAAAACGUCUCUCUUGAAGAUGAGCGACAUGUCUCCCGUGGGAACCCUGGCCUUCGUGAUCGACGAGGAGGCGCUUCUGGUCAGAGUCUCCGCGGGAUGGCAGUACGUGGCGAUGGGAUCAGUGAUUCCUUUACCCACGACCACCCCCGAGCCGGCCACGACCCCAGAGCCCCCAGUGGCGCGGCCUCCUCCCCUGCAGGUGGACUCCCUCGUCAACACCGUCGACGGACCCAGGCUCAGACUGGCCGCCCUCAACCAGCCAUACACAGGAGACAUGCACGGCGUUCGAGGGGCGGACUACUCCUGCUACAGAGAGGCGCGUAGGGCAGGGCUCAGGGGCACCUUCAGGGCCUUCCUCACCUCCAGGGUACAAAACUUGGACUCCAUCGUGAGGUACUCCGACAGGAACUUGCCGGUGGUUAAUACGAAGGGAGAGGUCCUCUUCAACACGUGGCGAGAAAUAUUUUCGGGAACGGGAGGAAUCUUCUCUCAGAAGCCAAGAAUCUUCAGCUUCGACGGAAAGGAAAUUCUGACCAAUUCUGCCUGGCCGCAGAAGUACAUCUGGCACGGCUCCGACCUCCUGGGCGAGCGCUCCCUCUCCUCGUACUGCGACGCCUGGAACAGCGAGAGCGGCGACGUCGUGGGUCUCGCCUCGUCGCUCCUGAAGAACCGGCUCCUGUCGCAGGAUCGCCUCGGCUGCCACAACUCGUUCGCCGUCCUGUGCAUCGAAGCCACAAGCCAAGCGCGGUAUCGGAGGCGGCGUCACGUGACCUCGCCCGAAGCCGAGAUGAGCCCCGAGCAGUACGAGCUGUUCCUCCAGGGCAUCGACAGGGGGAGCGAGGGCAACUGAGCGCGAGAAGGCGAGGAGGUUGAAGGAUCUUAAUAUUUAAAUACUGAGUGUACGUUCGUCUUAUUUUUCAUUUUCCUCUUUUUUUUUUUGGUUUAUUAUUUUUAAAAAAUUCCCGUGACACUUCGUUGUUUGAGGAAUGACGGUUGAUAGCACAAGAAAAGGGAAAAUAGGACGGUUUGAGAUUUCCCGGUGGACUGACGAUGUGGCGGAAAACAAACACAGGAGAGGUGAUCGCUACGUAGUAAGAGACGAAGAGAGGGGAAAAUAAAGUUCAUAUAGAGAAAAAAAAGAAAUGUAGGAGAGAAAAUACGAAAGAAAAAAUAAUAGAAAGGAAGAAAUGAAAAAAUAGUGAAUAAUGGUUCCUAUAUUUUUUGCAACACAUUCUCCACUGUUUGAUCAAAAAAAGAAAAAGAAAAAGAAAAAAAACUUUCGCUUCCUCUUUCCCUCACUCCAGGACCGGCAACUUUGCUCAAAGGAGGAACUCAAGGAUACCUAAUGUGUUCGACAGCCAGUAGUGAUGGAAUUCGUUGAAGCCUGCCGAUGCUAUACUCCGAAAUAUCCUGAUCAUGAAUAUUAUACAUACAUCCAUAUUCGGUUUCUUUAUAUUUUCCCGUAUGUGUCUCUUUUUGUAUUAAUUUUGAAUUUCAUAUUUGUAUUUUUUUUUCCUGGUCUUUAUUUCCCUCCUAUGUGUCCCCUCUUUUUUUUUUUUUAGGAUAAUAUCUUUCCUUUCUUAUUCUUCUUUCCAAACGUACAGGGAAGAAAAGCGAGCUGAAUAAACCUCGCCCGAAGUAGAGAAAGAAAGGGUUAAAGAUUUCCUUAUACUGAGUCCCACGUGCACGAUAUCCUAACACACACACUUAAUAAAAAAAAAAACACACACUUUGUAUAAUAUCACCAACGAUAAGCUACAUCCUUCACUCUUGUUAUCAUAACAGACCGUCUUUGUGUCGUUGAGAUAACCUGUAUAUUGAUAACCAUGUGAAUCUUUGAGAUAUUUGACUCUGUACUGUGUAUGUUUUAUUGUGUACACACGUGCAGUUUAUUUAAUGUUUUAUGUAUUGCUUAGGAAUUUAAAUUAGAUGACAUGCUGAUGGUAGGAAGUUUUAAGCUGUAGUCUCAUUCCAGAAGCGGUAUUAGUGUUAUCAUUAUUAUUAUUUUCUUUUUUAUCUUUAUUGCUAUUCUGAUUAUUGUUAUUGCUUUUCAUAUAUUCUGACACGGGAAAAAAAAGAAAGAAAAAAAUUGUCAUACAUAUGCAAUUUAAUUAUUGCGUUUGUGUUUUCAAACCUAAGUUUAUUACUUUUGAUAUCGUGUUGUUUUUCAUUUUUUGUUGAUAUGUAUUUUUUUUCGAUGUAAGGAAGAAUAGCUCUUAUUUUCUUUAAUGAACAUUAUGAUCAUUGCAUAAUGAGUGGAUGCUCAUGGGACAUUAUCCCUUGUAUCAUUAUUAUCCUUGUUAUUAUCACUAUUAUUAUCAUUAUUAUUAUUAUUAUUAUUAUUAUUAUUAUUAUUAUUAUUAUUAUUAUUAUUAUUAUUAUUAUUUAGUUCCAAUUCCAGUUCCCUAAGCUUAGUAGAAUAGAUUCAAGAUGUUUAACUUUGCCGGAUCUUUUGUCCAAGAAACACACCAGUAACAUUUUUUAAAAAUUUACUAACAAAUGCUAGGUUGAUGUCGUACUGUGUGAAUCCAAUAGAUCUGCAGUGAAUUGAAAAUAAUGAUAAACCAGAGUUAACGGCCAGGGAUCAGUUAUGUUUGUGACCACAGAUACUCACACUGCCAUUCCGUGUUUAACUGGCCAGGACGUGUUCGGUGAAGGUAGCUUGGGCUCGGCGUUGGAAAGGGGUUGUUAGUGCCAGUAGGUGCCAGUGCCAGUAGCAGCGUGUCGGAUAAGGUGUGUGUAUAAGGUCCUCCUCCUCUCUACAGGAAGCAAGAUAUUCCAGAAAAUGUUUUAAAAGGAAGAGGGAAAAGUUGAUAAUCCCUUUUUGGACGAAGAGGGAAUUAGAAAGAGGUAAAAGUUUGAUAAUCUCUUUUAAGCGAAAAAGGAAUAAGAAAAUAAAAGCAAAAGUUUGAUAUUCCUUUUAGACGAGGAGAGGCAGGCGAGAGAGGAGGGCCCAAUACAUCGAAGGAAAUACGACACUUACGUAUUGCUGUUGGCAGAACCGCAGUUACUCUUGGGUGCUGGUUAAGAGGUGUGGCAGGUAAGGGGCGUGGCAGGUAAGGGGCGUGGCAGUUAAGAGCCGUGGCAGUAUCUGUUAACUUAAAUCGUAGGUGCUAGAAUCCUCAAGUCGGUUUAAUGCUAAAAGUCUGGACUGGUAAACACAUGAACGAGAGGGAAACACUUUACCACAUGAUACUUGAGGUACUGUGUGAGUUUAAUUAAUAUCAUAGUAUUACACUGGUUAGUAUCAUACCAGUUGGUAGAACUCUAGUAUCCACUAAGACCGUGUGUUCAGUAUGCAUUAUAUUUUGUACUAGCUUCUUUUUUUCCGCUAGCAUCAUAAUGUAUUUGGAGUCUUGCUAGCAACACUUUCUCGUGCUAGCGUUUUCAUGUAUAUUUGUAUUAUACCACCUGCUGGCGUCUGUGUUUCUUCUAGCUUUAUAAGUCCCAAACUAACAUAAAUUUCUUUGUUAGAAUCAUAACAUACCUUAGCGUUAUAUCCUGGGCUAGUAUUUUCGUAUACAGUUAUUAUGCCAUCUGCUGGUAUUAGAGAAUUAAAGAAUUUACUGGUACCGUGUUAUACUGUCUGCUAGCGACACACUUUAGCUAGCAUCGUGCCACCGUGAGAGUUGCAACUUGACACUAGCAAAACGCCAGAAGCAGUUCACGGAGGUGACCUUUUUUGCGGUAUGAGGAUGGACAUCCCUCUCAGUACAUAAAGGGGAGAUCUCUUCCCAUAUUAAGGGGGUUGUUUCUGGCAGCCUCCUCUUGUGAUAGGACGGCUUUCCCUCUGUGUAAUGAGGGGAUAUUUCUUUCCUUGUUAAAGUGGAAGUACCUCUGCUUAAGGGAAGACGUCUAUCAGAUUUCGGAAGGAGGUCCUUCUUUACACAGAAGGCUGAUGUCCUUCCCUGUGCUAGGGUGUGAAAUCCACUCAGUUAGGAUUUUCGCCCCCACUCUACAUGGAAGAUGGACCCCCCUUAAUGCUAGGAUGGCCGACACCUGUGUGUAAAAGACGGGAUUCUCUCUCUGCUUAUGAGGUGGUCUCCACGCUAAAUACCGCAGUGCAAAUGAUGGUAUAUAUAUAAAAAAAAAAAAACUUCUGUGCAUAUUGAUGUGUUACUCAUGUAUUUACAUGUAAUUACAAACUCGUCACAGUGUUCUUCCAGUCAGGUGUAGAGACUCCUAGUGUAGAAUUGUUAGGUGUUUUAUAUUAAAGUCAAUACCUCAUUCUGAGCUUACCUGGCAACGUACUCUUAUUCACUUCAACUGUUACACUAAUUCUGUGAAAUGAGAAAAUAAUGUACGAAUAACAAGCUGAUGAUUAAUUAAGAGAAAAAAAGAAAAGAAAAUUAAGCAAUGAAUUGGCAGACAAUACUGAUGCAUUUAGUUUAAACGUGAGCUGAUUUCCACCGCUUUUAGAUUAGAUAGAUGCUUACCUUUUAUUUCACUUGUGCUUGAAUGUAUGAGACAGAGUAUUUAAGGUAUAUGGAGCGUGUGUGGAUGUCUGUACGUUAGGACCACACACGUGGGUACAUGUGUGUGAGACACAGAGAGAGAGAGAGAGAGUACAUCUGUAGAUUUGUAAUUGAAUUUUCGUGUUCAUAUUUCAGUUAUAAGUUUGUGUAGUUUUUGAAGUAUAUAUAUAUAUAUAUAUAUAUAUAUAUAUAUAUAUAUAUAUAUAUAUAUAUAUAUAUAUACAUAUA